AUGCGUGGGAGAUUGUUGACGCUGGCAGCUCCUUUGAUCGCGGCCUUCAUCGUCGCGACAACUCUGUUUAUGGGAAGGGAUCGAUUUGUGCGACCUUCGAUCCGACAUGACGCUGAUGUUGGAACGCCAAAGACAGCGGAGUUGAAGCCUGUGCUUGAUGGUGCCAUCUUACCGGCCGCCAACAUCACACAAUACCUCGAGGCGAUCCUGACACCAGAGCUUUCAAGGUUACCAAACCUAGAAUGCCCAGCCAUCAACACUACGCGAUAUGGCGAGCUCAAGAGCACACGCUCCUCAGGUCCAGCCAUUCAAUACUUCUUCGCCCUCGACCUGCGGCAAAACUUGCCAUUGCUACCUCGGCUGAUAGGCAGCAUUGUCGAGGCUAUUCGUUUUCUCGGUCCGUCACAAUGUGUGCUGUCCGUUGUCGAGGGCAACUCUCCCGACGGUACCGCCGAUGUACUUGGUGCUCUCCGGCCAGCACUCGAGAGUAUGGGAGUCAGAUAUUACCCCGAGUCAUCUGCGAUUGAUCCGAGCAAGGAUGACCGUGUGGCGCGCCUUGCACAGCUUCGGAACAAGGCAUUAGCGCCGCUCCUAGACUUGCAUGACAUGGCGACAAGCGACACAACCGUCAUUUUCCUCAACGAUGUAGCCGCCUGUGCCGAGGACAUCCUCGAGCUCGUCCAUCAAAAAAGGGCCCUUGGUGCGGAUAUGACAUGCGCCAUGGACUGGACAUAUGUUGGCGAACACCCUACCUUUUACGAUGUAUGGAUCGCCCGCACAAUCAAUGGCGAUUCCUUCUUUGACAUCCCCCCCGACGGAAAUUGGGACUCGGCAUGGAAUCUGUUCUGGAACGCUGACGAGUCUCGAAAUCGAUUCUACGCGCAGCGUCCCUUCCAAGUCUUUUCAUGUUGGAACGGCGCGACAGCAUUCACGGCCCAGCCCUUUCUGGAAAAGACUGUGGCAUUCAGGGCAGCGAAUGAAACCGCCGGUGAAUGCAGACAAGGCGAGCCGCAGUUAUUCUGCAAAGACCUCUGGUUCAAGGGCUACCGCAAAAUUGCCGUAGUUCCGUCCAUAAACCUCGAGUACUCUGUGGAAAAGGCAAGGAAGAUCAAGGAACUCAAGGGGUUCACGUCUGACACGGUGUCAAAGCAAGAUCCUGCGGGCGAUGGAAUAGAUUGGCAGCUUGAUCCUCCAGACAGUGUCAAGUGCAUGCCUGUGUGGGAGAACCAGUAUUGGCAGUCAUGGAAUGAUACUUUGAAGCCGUAG